UGGAAGCAUCCUUCGACGCAAUCACCAGUUUACUCAGUGUGUGAUAUUUCCGUCAAGAAUGAGGAACCAAAGAACUGGUUAAGAACAGAAUAUAUUAACAUCAAGGAUGCUACACGACUCGAUAUUGAAGUCACCUACGCCUUUCUUAACUGUCCUACAGCUAACGUGGCGCCAUUCUGCAGAACAGACUUCAUUCUUUAUUCUUAUCAUGCGGAUUACAAAUUACAUCCUGAUCCAGAUCCAACAAACUUAAAGUUCCACAAAGAAACUGUUGUAACUCCAAAAACUCUUCCAAGUAAACGCCCAAUAGUCACAUUUUAUGGGUCAGUAGUAACAAAAGCAAAGGGAAUUUAUUUGGCAUUAUUAGACCAAGGAGGCUGCUUGAGAAUAGAUAAGUUUGUUGUAAGGUAUCGUUUCUGCUCUGAAACGGUCGCUCCUCUCGUUAGAUUUUCAAGAACAACUGCCCCUGCAAAUGAUAUCAAUUCAACCAAACAUGAGGGAGAAUGUACAGAUCCUAACUCACUUAAAGGAAACGGCCAAAAGAUAUACGGCGUGUGCCUUAGUAAUGGGGAGUGGGACAUAACAGAUAACUCAGCUUGCCUUUGCAAUUAUGGUUAUGAACUAAUCAAUGGAUCUUCAGACUCUUUUGUAUGCAAAGGGUGUCAGAAAGGCUUUUACAAGGAUUCUGUUGGUAACGAAAAAUGUGUACCUUGUCCUUCAAAUUCAGCAUCUAAUAUUGACAAAACUGGUUGCAUUUGUAAUGAAGGUUACUACCGAUCAUCUGAUCUGGCAGAUUGUGAAGUCUUGGCUAGAAAUGUAAUUAACAUAACCAUGGUCAUCGCCAGUAAAAAUCGUACUCCUGGAAAAUACGACCAAUCCUCAUUACUGACGAGGCUCCAGGAAGUGAUGGAAGAGACUUUUUCCGGCCGAUUUGCAGGUUUCAGAGGUGCACCGUUGAAAAUUAUGAUUAGGUGUGGAAGUAUAACUGUGGAUCUAGCACUUGUAUUCAAUUGCAAAACAAAAGAGCAAGAUGUUAUUGCAGUACUUCGUAAUGCUUCCAGCGAUGGGAAGCUUGGAGACCUCACUGUGAGUGCUAUAAAGAGAACCACAAUUCGAGUUGAUAUCGAAACUGGAACUAAUGAAGCAGGCACAGUAACCCAGCCACCCGGCAGUAGGUUUGAAGUCUCUUAA